AUGGCUACACAAUAUUUUGAGCAUAAACUUGAAGUAGGAAAUUUUCCUGAAACACCUCAUUUUCAAUUGAUGGAAUGGCAUCCAUCGUUGAAUAUUCUUGCUGUAGCAUCGGUUAGUGUUGGUACAAAUAUAUUCUUUUACGGAGAAGAUGGUGAACAUGAUGAAGCAGCUCGUGUACAACAUAUGGGUAAUGCUUAUUGUAUGGCAUGGCAUCCAGUUAAAAAAACUUUAGCUAUUGGUUUUUCAAAUGGUGAAUUGAUGAUAUGGAAUGGAUCAAAUCGUCGAUUGGAAAGUGUUAUUGUUCAUAAAACUUGUAUUACAUCGUUAAUAUUAAAUAUGGAUGGAACACGAUUAUUGUCAACUGAUCAAGAUGGUCUAAUUAUCCUUUGGAAAGCUGAUUCUUUAGCUCAAGUAUCUCAACAAAGCGUAAUUUUGCAAGUUACUGUUCCUGGUGAAUCAAUCACAUAUGUAUUAAGUAAAACGUCACCUUCAGGUCGAUCUGAUCAAGAUUAUCGAGAUUUAGCUCGAGCAGCAGUUGAAGGUGAUCAAACUGCAUUAGAUAUGCUUGCUACGAGUACAAGUCGACAACAACUUAAUGAACCAGCAACUUUUUAUGUUGGUACUGAUAAAGGAAAUGUUUAUAUGGUUACGGAUAAGUUACGAAAAAUAUGUUCGGCUGAUGAUGGCAUUGCACGUCUUUUACAUUCAUAUGAUUUAGAUAUGCUUAUUGUUGUUACUAAAGUAAAUAUGAUGACACAAUAUAAUCUUCAACAAUUACAAACACAAUCGGAAGUUUUAAUUCCUACACAUUCUGGUAAACUAUCUGGUCGACCAACAGAUUCAGAUUUUGCUUUAAUUGGUACAAGUUUAUUUGCUUAUGUUACUGGUGAAUCAACAAUACGGAUGAUUGAUAUUGCUUCAUCGGAUAAUCUUCUAUUGAAACUAAAUCCAGAUAUGGGUUAUGCUAAUAAUGAAGUUUUAAUUUCUGUAUCUUACAGUGCAAUGAAAGGAAUUAUUGCUGCUGGUACUAAUCGAGGAAAUAUUGGAUUUUGGGUUUAUAAUCCAAAUCGUCGUACAACAGAUCCAGAAAAACAUUGGAUUCUUCAACGAGCUAAACAAAUUGCCACUGGUAUACCUGUUAGAAGUUUGAAAUAUUGUCCACAACGUAAUUGUCUUGCUGCUAAUUUGAUUUCACAAUUGUUUCUACUUACUGAUGAAAAUAUGUCAGCAGCUUAUCGAGAUCAGCUUGCAGUUGUUCAACUUAGUCCAACAGUUGUUCAUAUAGCAUUUUUUCGUUAUAGUAUUGUCAAAGAAGAAGAAUUAGAUAUACCAUUUAAAAAUUUAUGUGUUUCUAAAAAUCAUAUUGCUAUUUGGAAUAAAAAACAAGUUCGUGUUUAUGAACUUAUUUGUGAUGCAUCAAAAUCAGAUGAGGAAAAAGUUGUUCGAAAUGAAAAAGGUUAUUUUUCUUGUUCACCAUCAAAUGUUAUCCUUUUCGAUCAACUUUUAUUUGUACAAGAAAAUGGUCGUGUUAAUGUCAUGUCUUUUCAAGGAACAUCUCGACAAACACUUGCAUUUGCACAAAAUGAGGGUGAAGUAAAUACAAUGAAUUCAAAUGGAUCAUUUCUUGUUAUUGGUUCAACCAAAGGUUAUGUUAAAGUUUUUGAUAUAUCUCGACGUGAAUUACGACCACUUGGUAAAACAUUAAAUAUAAAUGCACAUACACCAUCAGUUGAUACAAUACGUGAAUUAGCAGUUAAUUGUACCGGUGCAAAAGUAACAGUUUUAACAUCACAAACAAAUUGUAAUCCAAGUAGUCGGCUUUAUAUAUGGGAUGUAGAAAAAGAUAUUGUGGCAUAUUUUGAUUUUAGUUCAGAGAAAUUACCAGGUACUGAAUAUGGUCGUAUUCGACAAAACGAUAAUACAAAAAAUACACCACAAUAUCGUCGUUAUCCAUCAAAUAUUCAAUGGGAUCCAGAAGAUUCUCGAUUAAUGGCAUUAGAAAUUUUUUUACAUCAACAAAAACUUGAUUUAAGUGCAUCAUUAAGUGGUGAUGAUAAAACUUAUGAUGUACUAUUAACAAGUCGAGGAGUUGGAGAUGGUGAUGCAAGUAUUGCAGUUAAUCAUACAGUUACACCACGAGAGUCAGCUGCAGUAAAUCAAGAAGAUAUGAAAAAAACAUUCGAUAACAUAUCUAAUUUUGGUUCUUCACUUUUAAAAAAGAAUCUGGAUUCAGUUGAACACGCAGCAUCAUUAAUUGUCAGUAUGUUUUGCACAUCAGAUAAUCAAAUAUUUCCAAAAGAUAUUUUUCUACGUAAUGCUUCUUAUCGACAAAUGAUUGCUAUUAAAAUUCCAUUUUAUUUCUUUGUUACACGAGAUAAACAUUCAGAAUUAGAUCGACAUACAAUUAAAUCUAAUCCAACAUUACAAACAUCAAAAACUGAUCAAUCGGAUAUAGUUGAUGAAAAUAUUUCAAUAAAAAAUUCACGUAUUCGUAUUCAACUUCCUAAACUUGAUACAUUAGAUGGUAGUGGUCUUAUCCCUUCAACACAUAAUCAUGAUCUACGUUCAAAUGGUUUUCUUUCGGAUUCAGAGCUUGGCGAAAGUGUUGUCUAUUCAGAUUAUCUUACGGGAAAAACAAUGCCAGAUUUUAUUGGUGUUAAUGGUCUUGAAAAAAAUAUUAUUGAAGCAAUUAUGAAUUUUAGUUAUAAUUUAACAUUAGGAGAUCUUGAUGCUGCAUUUAAAGCAAUAAAAAUUAUUAAAAAAGAAAGUGUUUGGGAAAAUUUAGCUCGUAUGUGUGUAUUAAAUCGACGUGCUGAUGUAGCAAAAAUAUGUCUUGGUAAAAUGGGUCUAUUUCGUGGUGCACGAGCUUUACGUGCUGUUGAUCAAGAUAAUCCUGAUACUAAAAUAGCUAUUUUAGCUAUACAUUUAAAUAUGAAAGAAGAAGCAGAAAAGAUUUUACUUCAAUCAAAACAAUAUGAUCUUCUUAAUCAAUUAUAUCAAUCAACAAAUGAAUGGGAAAAAGCUAUUGAUAUAUCAACACGUCAUGAUCGAAUACAUUUACGUAAUACACAUUAUAAUUAUGCUAAAUAUCUUGAACAAAAUAAUCAAUUAGAAAAAGCAAUUGAAUUGUAAAUAUAAGAAUAUUUAUGUUUUUCGUUAACUUAGAAAAAUGAUUUUUGUUCUC